AGAGAAACACUCCCUCCUGGCUCUCGCUACUUCCUUAAACUGCUUCAGAAAACAGAACCAGAGAAAAUUGAAAGUGCGAGCGUUUCUGCACAGAUUGGGCAGUGCUGCUGUUCCAGUAAAGGAUGGGUCCCUUCCUGCGCAUCUCCUUCAAUAACUUCGACCUGGGGCCCCUGCCUCAGCUCACAGACCCCCCGUUCUGUGCUGUCAAGAUGAAGGAGUCCCUCAGCACAGAGCGUGGGAAGACCCUGGUGCAACGCAAGCCCACCAUGUACCCUGCCUGGCAGUCCUGCUUCGACGCCCACAUCUACGAGGGCCGUGUGAUCCAGAUCGUGCUGAUGAAGUCCGCGGAGGAGCCCCUCUCCGAGGGCACUGUCGGGGUCUCUGUGCUGGCUGAGCGCUGCAAGAAGGCCAAUGGAAAGGCGGAGUUCUGGCUUGACCUCCAGCCAUCAGGCAAAGUGAUGAUGGCAGUGCAGUUUUUUCUUGAAGAAGGUACAGAUUGCAAGCAGGCCGUCAAGGAUGAGGACGGCGCGGUCACCAUCAACCGGAGGCGUGGCGCCAUCAAGCAGGCCAAGAUCCACUACAUCAAGAACCACGAGUUCACCGCCACCUUCUUCAGACAGCCCACCUUCUGCUCCGUGUGCAGGGAGUUCGUCUGGGGACUCAAUAAACAGGGAUACAAGUGCAGACAAUGCAACGCUGCAAUUCACAAGAAAUGCAUCGAGAAGAUUAUCGGGAGGUGCACCGGCACUGCAGCCAACAGCAGAGACACUGUGUUCCAGAAAGAGCGCUUCAAGAUCGACAUGCCGCACAGGUUCAAGACACACAACUACAUCAGCCCCACUUUCUGUGAUCACUGCGGCAGCCUGCUGUGGGGGCUGGUGAAGCAAGGGAUAAAAUGCGAAGAUUGUGCCAUGAACGUGCACCACAAGUGCCAGACCAAAGUGGCCAAUCUCUGUGGAAUCAAUCAGAAAAUGUUGGCAGAAGCUCUGUCUCAAGUCAGCCAGAAACAUAUCGUUAUCGGGAAAUCUACCAGGAAAUCAGAUCCCAAUCUAGCUGAUCCUUCGGGUAUAGGCAUCUAUCAAGACUUUCUCCAGGGCCCCUCCGUCCCUGGCCUGGACUCCAAUGCAGAUGGAUCCCAGUAUGACAAGCUGUGGGAGGGGACCUCUCCCAGGAUUCCAGCCACAAUCUCGUCCCGCCUGCGCAAGAUCAACAUAGACAACUUUGUGAUGCACAAGGUGCUCGGCAAAGGCAGCUUCGGAAAGGUAAUGCUGGCGGAGCUCAAGGGCAAGGGCGAGUUCUUCGCGAUCAAAGCGCUUAAGAAGGACGUGGUGCUGCUGGACGACGAUGUGGAGUGCACCAUGGUGGAGAAGAGGGUCCUUGCGCUGGCCUGGGAUAACCCCUUCCUCACACACCUCUACUCUACCUUCCAGACCAAGGAGCACCUCUUCUUUGUGAUGGAGUAUUUGAACGGAGGAGACCUGAUGUUCCACAUACAGGAGAAAGGACGCUUCGACCUCUACAGAGCCACGUUUUAUGGCUCUGAAAUAGUUUGCGGGUUGCAGUUUUUGCAUGCCAAAGGAAUUAUCUACAGGGAUCUGAAGCUGGACAACGUGAUGCUGGAUAAAGACGGACACGUCAAAAUCGCAGACUUUGGAAUGUGCAAGGAGAAUGUGUUCGGAGAGAACAGGGCGACUACGUUCUGCGGGACGCCUGAUUACAUUGCACCCGAGAUCCUGCUGGGACAGAAGUACUCGUUCUCUGUGGACUGGUGGUCGUUCGGCGUGCUGCUGUACGAGAUGCUGAUUGGCCAGUCUCCCUUCCACGGGGAUGAUGAGGACGAGCUGUUUGAGUCCAUCCGCAUGGACACUCCGCACUACCCUCGCUGGAUCACCAAGGAGACCAAGGACAUCCUGGAGAAGCUGUUCGAGAGGGAACCAACGAGGAGGCUUGGCAUUGUAGGAAACAUCAAAACACACCCCUUCUUUAAAACCAUCAACUGGAUUGCCCUGGAGAAGAGAGAGGUGGAGCCCCCAUUCAAGCCCAAAGUGAAAUCGCCUGAAGACUGCAGUAACUUCGACAAGGAGUUCCUGAACGAGAAGCCCAGGCUGUCCCACACCGAUAAGAACCUCAUCGACUCCAUGGACCAGACAGCCUUCAGCGGUUUCUCUUUCAUCAACCCCAAGAUGGAGAAGCUCUUGUAGAAGCGAGGCCGGGCACGCUCGCUCCUGGGGUUCAACGGUGCCCUUCGGUUACUGACAACUGAUUUGGCCUUGAUUGAUUACCUGACCCAAAAGCGAUGAUUGGUACGAUCUGUGAUUAAUCGUGUUUCCAACUGGGACCUGAAGAUAAAAAGAACCAGUGCCGCUGCUACCGACAAGUUCUGUUCCUCUCUCUUCCUGUAGAAAACCAGACUGUCCAUAAAAUAGGGCUGGGAGGUGAGAGUGCUAGCCAGGCGUUAUUUCAGUGCAGCCCCCCUUCUGUUGUAAAGGAAAAGAGAGGUACGGUUUUAUUUGAAAAAGUUAACAAGUGAAAAGAUGAUCUUCAGGAUUGAUCGUGAUCAUCUGUAGCCUAUAAUUGAUAACCGAAAAUGUUUUUAUUCUUCAACCCUGAUUGUACCUAUGGGUUCCAAUUUCAGUAAAAAUGCAAGACGGGUAGAUGGAUACAAACAGAUGGGGCAUGGCAAGUGUUAUGUAGCAGUACGUGGAGAGGUAUUAUGUUAUAAAUAUUAUAGAGAUAGGGAUGCUAUAUAUAGAGAUAGGUAUAAUAAUCAAGAAUAAUGUACUGUAUUAUGAUUGUAAUUUACCCAAAUCGACCCUCACUCUCAUACCGUGACAAGAGCAUAAAGAGAUUGUUACUAUAGUUAGAAUUAGCCUUGUUUAUUUUUUGCAUGUAAUGGGUUGCCAGGGUAAUGUUCUUGUGUGUAUGUAGUCUGUGGAUUAUUAGUAUAGUUAUUUUAUUUCUCCUCUGUCGUGUGCAGUGAUUCCCGGCUCCAGGCCUCCAACAGUCUGGGCCUUUGUUACAACCAGCACUUGAGUAUUUAUUGAAACCCUGCGCUGCAUUCCUCUGCACAUAAACAUUGUUCUGUUUGCAGGAUGGCAAUCCAGGUUUGAAAGAGACGGACCCCAGACACUGCGCACACACACCACGGUGGCAGGCUGGCUCCAGGGGGUGAGGAAGGGGGCGGUGGCAGGCUGGCUCCAGGGG